GAACGUAAUAUCUUAUGUAAUUCCAGCCUCUGAGCCAUGCCUUGUGGCGCAUGCUGCGAGAACAUGGCGAGGCCAUCGAUAGACAAUGACCUGGCCCUUGUUGCUUGUCUUUUUACCUAUCCAGCAUGGGGCGGCACGCAGCACAUGCUGUUCCAUUAGGGAAGCAUCCGAACCAGCCCAUCAGAUAAGAAAGCAGCCUCAAAUCAAUAAGGCGGGGUAACCGCCAUCCCAUCCGCCGAGACGCCGACAUCAUGAUGUAAUUACCCAGCGCAGCAUCAGACCGGGCACAACACACCAACAUCGUCGUUCCCCGUAACGUUCCCCCCGACUCUCGGGCCAAACGCCACGCCAUAAACCCCACAAUGCCCUUCCCGUACAAGACUGUCCUCGUCACGGGCGCCACGUCGGGCAUCGGCCGCGCCCUGGCCGAGCGCAUGGUGGCCAACGGCAUCUUCGUCGUCGCCGUCGGCCGGCGCCGCGACCGCCUCGACGAGCUGGCCGCCAGGCACGGGCCCGAGAAGCUCGCCGUCGAGCAGCACGACGUGGCCGACCUGGCAAGUCUGGAGGGUUGGGCCAAGGACAUCACGACCAAGUACCCCUCCCUCGACUGCAUCGUCCUCAACGCCGGCGUCCAGAACACGACCGACUUCACCCGUGCCCUCACCGACGACGGCGGCGGCGCCGCCGCCGACCUGGCCGCCACCGUCGCGUCCGAGACCGCCCUCAACUACCUCUCCCCGGUCCAGACAACCGCCCACUUCCUCCCGCACCUCUCCCUCCGCGUCGCGUCCGGCUCCCCGGCCGCCAUCGUCCUCGUCUCGUCGGGCCUCGCCCUGGUGCCCAUGGCCCGCUGCGCCAGCUACUGCGCCACCAAGGCGGCGCUGCACUCGUUCGCCUGGACCCUGCGCUCCCAGCUGCGGCACCACCACCACCACUCCUCAGGAAACGGCCGCCGCCCCGGGAUCCGCGUCGUCGAGAUCGUCCCGCCCGCCGUCAGGACCGAGCUGCACUCGCGCCAGCCCGACCUCGUCGCCGCCGGGCUCGGCGACUUCGGCAUGGCCCUGGCCGACUUCACCGACGAGGCCUGGGCCGGCCUGACGGCCGACGACGAGGACGACGAGGACCGGGACGAGAUCAUCGUCGGCCCCACGCGCGACAAGCUCCACGCCGUCGAGGAGCCCAGGCGCGCCGCGUUCCGCCACUUUGACAAGCUGAUGCGUGAGUCGGACAACAAGGCUUGAGAGGCGUGCCUUGGUUUCGGAAAUUGCCCGUGGGGUCUCAUCGACCUUGGCCUUCUUCCCUGCGAGCAUGUUUGAUGAACACGUCUGUCUAUCCUUGUAUGCUAUCAUUUGCAACCCGAAAUCCCGGGCAACCAAGAUACAGGAAAGUUACAUCGC